AUGCUGUAUGUUUUCAGCUCUGACAGGCGUUCGGGAAGCCACAAAGGCUUUAGAACAUUGGCGUCCAAGAGUGUCGUGUCUCACUUCGGUGGUCGACUGAUCGAACAAGAUCCGUCUCCCGCAAGCACCCGCAACGACAAGCCCGUUGAAGCCAUCACGGAAAUCUGGGCCAAUGUUAAUCAGCCCCACGUCGUAGCGACCUUGCCUGGAUACAAAGCGCGACGGGCCAUCCUUGGUGCGAUCGCCUCCAACCAUGUGAAAUACUCGACCGCGUGUGAGUUCGUCGGAGGUUCUCUGAGCCGGGCUGCAUUCAACGAGGCAAAGGCACCGAGAGAGACGGCUCUCGCAGACGGCGACAUGUCGAAAUUGUCAGGGACGAGCAAGGAGAGGUCGGACAAUUUGCAGAAAAAGUCCCCAAUGGCAUGUGGCCGGGAGCAGAGUUUUGCCGAGCACACCCAGCCUUUUCCGAACCUAACGAAGACGAAUCACGACUACCGGCAGCGUGGGGAUCAUAUUCGGUCUGACGCGGACAACUCUUUGGUCUGCGUCCAUCCGGAGAAGUGCGAAACUCACCCGGUGUACUACAUAACGGGGACCCGGGACCACCUGUUUCGCCAAUGCAUGGAUGACCUACAAGCAGCUGUGCGUAUAUGCUAUUAG